GUUUUAAAGCUGAAGAUAUUUGUAAAUGCUUAUAUAAAAUUCGUAAUGAUAGUGUUAGACCAAGACAUUUCCUUGGCGCAGAUAAUGAGGAUGAAAUAGAAGCCAUACUUUCAGAUUGUGAAGGCUAUUUCUUACAUGAAUAUAUUGAUGGUGAUGAGCUAUUCUGGCCUAUUAUAGAUUUUGAUUUGCCAGUAAAAACAUUAGAUGCUAUUACCCCAAGCUUUCAGACAAACAG